AUGGUUAAGAAACAGGGUAAGAACAAGAACGUUGAGGCUAAGAACGUCAAGCCUAAGGGCGAUUUGGUCGAGAAGACCGCACCUGAAGCGAUUGGACAACCAAAUGACCAAGAUUUGGAACUUCUAUCUUCGUCAGACGAGGAAUACAACUCAUUAAGUGAUGAUGAUGAUGAUGAGGAGGAGGAGGAGGAGGAUGAUGAUGAUGAUGAGGAGGAGGAGGAGGAAAUCAAAGACACUAUCAAACCAGCCACAUCGGGACACAAGGUGAAUAAAGUAAUGAAGAAAGAAUCAGACUCGUCGACUAAAUCCGCAUCAAAAACAAAGAAACCAAAAAGAGGAAUCAUAUAUAUAGGGAGAUUACCAUCUGAGUUCCAGGAGAAUGAAUUAAAAACAUACUUUAAUCAGUUUGGUGAUAUUACCAACCUAAAGCUUUCGCGUAAUAAGAAAACAGGUAAGUCAAAGCAUUUUGCAUUUCUCGAGUUUGAUUCUUACAGUGUAGCCCAAACUGCGGCGGAAACAAUGAAUAAUUAUCUUUUGUUUGGUCACUUGAUCAAAUGUCAAGUUGUCGAUACACCACAUAAGGACUUAUUCAAAAACGCUCAAAGGAAAUUCAAAGUGAUACCGGUGCACAAAAUUGUUAAAGAUAAGCAUGACAAGCCAAAAACUAAACAGGAAUGGGAAAUUUUGGUAAACAAGUUUGAAGAAGCAAAGAAGAAAAAAGUGCAAGAAUUGAAAAGCAAAGGAAUAGAUUACGAUUUGAGCAAGAUAUAG